AUGGAGCAGCACAAGGCCAACGAGGGGAAGAACAAGUAUGCCUUCGCUUGUUCUUUCAUCGCUUCCUUCAUCUCCGUCUUGAUGGGCUAUGAUACUGGGGUCAUGAGCGGCGCCAUGAUCUUCAUCCAAGAGGACCUCAAGGCGACAGACACCCAGAUCCAAGUCCUCGCCGGGGUCCUCAACGCCUGCGCCUUGGUUGGGUCCCUGACCGCCGGCCGGAUAUCCGACUUCAUCGGACGGCGCUACACCAUCGUCGUCGGCGCCGCCGUCUUCUUCCUGGGGUCGCUCCUCAUGGGCUUGGGUCUUAACUUCGCCAUGCUGAUAGCCGGCAGGUGCAUCGCGGGAGUCGGCGUCGGCUACGCCCUCAUGAUAGCUCCCGUGUACUCUGCCGAGAUCUCCACCACGUCCUCCCGCGGCUGCCUCAGCUCCCUGCCGGAGAUCUGCAUCAGCAUCGGCAUCCUGUUCGGUUACCUCGCCAACUACCUCUUCCGGAAGCUCCCGCUGAUCUACGGCUGGCGCGUCAUGCUCGGCGUCGCCAUGGUCCCUUCCGUCGCGCUGGCCCUUAGCGUCAUCCUGAUGCCGGAGUCGCCGAGGUGGCUUGUCAUGCAAGGCCGCAUCAAGGACGCCAGGGGCGUGCUGCUCCGCGUGUCGAACUCCAAGGAGGAGGCGGAGCGCCGGCUGGGGGAUAUCAAGGCCGCCGUGGGAAUCGACAAGGGCUGCACCGACGACGUGGUCCACGUGACGAGCAAGCACCACGGGGAGGGCGUGUGGAAGGACCUCCUACUGUGCCCGACGCCGCCGGUGAGACGGAUUCUGACGGCCACGGUCGGCAUCCACAUCUUCCAGCACGCCACCGGCAUCGAAGCCGUCCUCCUGUACAGCCCCAGGAUCUUUAAGAAGGCCGGGCUGAUGACCAAGAACCAGCAGUUCCUCGCCACCAUCGGCAUCGGUGUCUUCAAGACCGUGUUCAUCUUGGUGGCCAUUCUUCUGGUGGACAAGGCGGGGAGGAGGAAGGUGCUGCUCUCCAGCCUGACCGGGAUGAUACUGUCUCUCGUAGGGCUGGGCGUCGUCCUCACCGUGGUGGAGCACUCACCUCACAGGCUGAUCUGGGCGCAGAUUCUGGCCGUGGUGUUCGUGUUGUCCUUCGUGUCCUCCUUCUCCAGUGGGAUCGGUCCGGUGACAUGGGUUUACUGCUCCGAGAUCUUUCCCCUGAGGCUAAGAGCACAAGGUGCCAGCCUGGGGGUGGCCAUCAACAGGCUGAUGAACUCCGCCAUGUCCAUGUCCUUCAUCUCGCUCUACAAGGCCAUCACCAUCGGCGGCGCCUUCUUCUUGUUCGCAGGCAUUGGGGUCGUAGCAUGGGUGUUCUACUUCUGCUGCCUCCCCGAGACGAAAGGGAGGGCGUUGGAGGAGGAGAUGGAGGAGGUCUUCACGAAACGAGGUGACAAGAAGCCACCGAAACAGCAUGCGGUGGAGAUGGAAAAGGUUGAGAUAUAAUUUCAUUCUUCCUUUUUCUGUGUU